GUGUUCAUUCGUUCUUCACAACCAUCCAAUAAGAUAUUCUAGGUUGUUGAUUCGUUCGUCCAUGGGACAUCGCCCCGUUUCAUUGUUUGCCCUGCUACUACUAAGUCAUCCAUCAUCUUACAUCACGAUGGCCCUUUCAUAUGUGUGAUUCUCAGGUAUAAAGCGGCAUUGCUCCUUCCGAAUUGAUUGAAGUAUGCCUCAGCAAUUUACGACUGCAAGCACAUGAAUUUAUGGUCUUUUUAGCAGGAUGCAAUCGUCUUCUGUUGAUAAGUCCACAAAAGUUGUCGCCGAAGUCGACCCUCCAGCGUACGACCAGGUUGACGAGCCGCCGCUAGUAAUACCACCACUGGACUUACUUCAGACCGCCGGGCCACCUGUCUGUUCGACAGUCACCCAAGAUCAGUGUAUCGCUCAUCUUAAGUUCUUGGCCGCAGUCGCCGAUUUGCGCGACAGUGUGACUAGCAUCGAGGGUUUAUUUGAUAUCAAAGACCCUGACCCAGAUGUCUUUGGGGAUGAUAUCAAUGAAGCUUGGGCGCGUGUCAAAGAAAAGCGAUGGGCCGUAUAUACAACCAGGGCGGUCGACCGCUACACGACUUGGUGGAAGGAGUGUGUCCGUUCUUACGGAAAACGUCUUAAGCAACCGGAACUUGAAGAUAAACGUUAUGAAUUGAUUACCGAACAGAGUCGCCCCUACCACUGGUCUCCAAAGACCAUACCCCCGUUAGAUAUUCUAAUGGUGUGGCAUGCACAUAUGCUGAACCCUAGAGCCUUUCUUGAAGAUUGCAUUCGUGAUGGAGCCAUGGGGCUUUGGGCAGGUGGUUUCCCUUGGGAAAUUAUUAACUCCUGUAUCGAUGAUCAAACCCUGGAAUACGACGCUGGCCAGCCGGCGGAAACUCACUUUCAGUAUAAGACAAGCCUUCCCUGGGACAACUUACAAGGGGCAUCGACAAAGUCCCUCGAGUGUCCGAGCUGUAGACAUGAGCUGUCCGUGCACUGGACUGAAGCGCAGAUAUCUGUCCCGCUCGAUGAAGCAUUCAACCACUGCCACGGUUUCGCGGAUAAGAAUUUCCGAAAAACAUGUCCAGUCUGCAACUUCGAGAUCACACACGAGAGACUGAAGAUUGAGAAAUUCAGGAAAGAUGUCAGAGCAUUCUGGGCUGCGAACACACCAAUGCCAGGUACCUUAUAUGACUUUAGGGGCGUGCCCAAAGGUGUUAUGGUCUCAAGUCGACGGAAAAGCCAGUCGAUUUUCCCUAAUCGCUUGAUAAACGCGAUAGGCCCCAUUAUCCUCAACCAGACUGACCCAACGGAGAAUAACUGCAGAACGAUGCAGGCGCUACGCGAUAGGCUACAGGCGGGAAUCAAGAGUCGGAGCAUGAUGAGAAAGGUCAACCCAGAUUCCGCCCAGCUCUCAUUAUUUCCUGAAGAGAAAGUGGCAUUCCGCCGAAUGAUGUCUCGGUAUUGGGACAACGUCACUCCCUUUGCUCUCGACCUGGUUGGUGCGGUAAUUCGACAAGGCACUUUUGUCCAGAAGAUGGACAACAUUGACUGGCUUCACUCACCGGCAGUGAAAGCAACCAUGGACCGUUUAAUCAAGAAGUAUGAGGUCUUCUUCCAAAUUAUGGCGCGUAACCCACGCCACAUGGCCGUCCCAACCCUGGAUGUCGAUCUCGCAUGGCAUACGCAUCAAUUGUCGCCUUCCAGAUACUUCGACUACUCCAUCUUUACAACACGACAGCACACCAGGGUCUCAAUCUUCAUUGACCAUGACGACAAAGUUGAAGAGACUAAAUUAUCGGAUGGAUUCGAGUGGACCAACAAAAUGUACAAGAAGAUGACUAAUGGUGAGAUCUACAGCGAGUGCACGUGCUGGUACUGCGAGGCCAUCCGCGCUCCAGAUCUCCGCGACGGCAUCUUUGUCUCCCAGUCUACCUCCAGAGCUCGGGAAGCAGUCGCCAAUCUCCACAAUCGGGCAGACAUAUCUUCCAAUCCGGACAAGAACCCACACAUCUCUGCCCACAGUGCUGUGCCGGCAGAGACUAAAAAGCCCCGUUCUAGCCUCGAUCCCAGACAGAUGAAGUACCUGAAACUUCACAGCAACUACCAGAAGGCACGCCGUCGCGCAGAGAAGCGGGACCGUAAGAAAGGGGACAAGGAACAGGAUCGUUCUUCGGACGCUAGUCUCUAUGUCAUCCCCAUGGCAUAUGGCUAUCCGGUGUACGUGCCAUAUUAUGCCCCGUAUAUGUGUGACCCUUGCGUGCACUCCAAUGCAUACGCGACGAACCCAAGCUGCAUGAGCCUCGUUCCAGGGGCCUAUGGCAACUGUGCGGCAGGAACCUGUGGAGGGGCUGUUGCAGCGGGCGGCUGCGGUGGGAUGGGAGGAUUAUGUGCUGGCGGGUGUGCUGGUGGGGGCGCAGCAGGUGGCUGCGGAUCUGGAGCUGGCGGAGGCUGCGGCGGGGGUGGCAGUAGUGGAGGCGGCGGUGGAGGAGGCUGUGGUGGUGGUGGAGGUGGAGGAGGUUGUGGUGGAGGUGGAGGUGGUUGUUGA